AUGGACCUUCACAACCCAAACUUGCCACCCAUUACGGCUGGCAUCCUGUACGGGCUCUCUCUCAUUCUCUUUAUUGACGGCCUUGUUCUUGCCCAGAAGGAGUCCAGCGUGGAAAACCACUUCUCCUUUGUACAGUGCAUCCCCGCCAUCUUCUCCACGAUGGGUCUCCUCCUCCUCCACCUCGUGUCGCCGUCCGAGGUCAAGGAGGGCGAUGGACGUGGCCGUGUGUUGCUGUUCAUGUCAUGGCUCUCCAUGUUUGGGUCUAGCGUUGGUGCCCUUGCUAUUGUUUUCUUUUGCUAUACAGGUAAGCAGACACGCACUCGCGCCGCACCGGGAGUGUCGCUUGUGCUGUACACGUGCCUAGCGCCUGUCAUUACGUCUCUGCUGUGGUGGAGCCGCCGCGUGAGCGACAGUAACGAAUGGUAA